CCCAGCACAGACCCGCAGGUCCCAGCUCAGACCCCCCGGUCCCAGCACAGACCCGCUGGUCCCAGCACAGACCCGCUGGUCCCAGCUCAGACCCCCUGGUCCCAGCUCAGACCCGCUGGUCCCAGCACAGACCCGCUGGUCUCAGCUCAGACCCGCUGGUCCCAGCACAGACCCGCUGGUCCCAGCAGCGAACACAAACGCUCUAUGCUCCUGAGCGGGGGCAGGUACCGUGGGGUCAGCAGGGGCCCUGGGGCCCCUCAGCACGUGACCCCGGCCCUGUCUGACAGCAGCUGACAUCAGAAACACAAAGAUUAGUGACGUCACACUGUCUCCAUCAAACCUCUGCCCGCCUCCACCCUGAGCUCAGGUGUAAUGAUGUAACACCCAAAACACCUGGACAGGUGAGCAGGAGGCCGCAGGGUGACCUCUGACCUUAGUGAAGGUCACCUGCACGCGACGCAGCAGAGACACACACACACACACACACACACACACAUUUACAGACAGGGGGGCGGGGCUUUGUUCCGGUAUCCAGAAUCUAACACACCGGCUCUGAUCCAAACACGCCGGAAACCGGACACCCGCGCGACCAAACAACACCACGGCUCGCCGCGUGCACGUCGUGUCGCGCGCACCAGGCUGCAGCCUCCUCCAUCCUCUGUCUCCCCCACAUUCAGCAACACGCACGUCCUCAUUCACCUACACGUACACAAGCGCGUGCGCACGCCCCUCCACGCCCUCUGUCUGUGUGCGCCGUGCACGCGCAACGUGCCCGCCGCCGUUAAUCAGCCUCUUACCGCAGAAAUGUGCAGAUUGUUUCAGGACCGGAGCCGAUUUGUUGCUGCAGAGGCAAUCUCGCAAAAAGCCGCGUCACGUCUCGCGAGAGGAAGGGUCAAAGGGGCUGGUCACGUGACCGACUGUGUUACUUACUAACAUGUAAUCAACAACCAAUAACGGAUUUAUUAACAGCUGCCAAACUGUGUAAGUACAGAAAUAAUAAGUCACGAGCUGAAACACGUUUGAUAUUAAAUUAUCAUUCGUUUUUUAUUAAAAUAUCUUAAAAUCAAAUAAUAUCAUAAUAACAAUAAGACAAAUGUGUUUAUUUAUUUACAUUUAUUCUGUUAUUAAAAUAAAACUCAGCUUCUAACAUGUUAUGUAAUAACAUCUGAAUCAGCAGCAGCAGAAGAAGAAAAGUACCACCGAGUAAAAAUACUCUGAUACUGUGUGAACUGGACUCAGACCAGAACACAGACCAGCUCUGUCUAACGAGCUGAUUUCUCUUCGUCCGAACAGGAAGAGUCCGCUGGGUUUGAUGACACCGAGCCGGUUUGUCUCCGUGACUCUGACUCAGGUGAAGGAAACCGGGGAGAAGCAGGACUGAAGUCAGAGACUGUGAAAACCCGCUCAGAGUGAGACCUCUUCACUCCUUCCUGCUCUCUGAUGGAUCCGGUUGGCACGGCCUCAGCUCACCCAAUCAAGUUAAACAGAAAACAACAUGCGACACUUCCGAGCGGCAGUUUGUACGGAAGUUCUUUCAUCCUGCAGGAGGAGAAGAAGAAGAGGCUUCUCCUUCGUCUCCUCUCUCCGCCUGAGCACAACAAACCUCCGGACAGGAGACUCCGGGGCCCCGGCAACAUCCACACACCCGCCGCCGACUGCACCAGCUCCUCCGCCGGCCUACGGUACCCACGGGCGAUGGCGAGGCCGAGCCACAGUGAUCACGUCCUCCAGCAGCUCAACAACCAGCGGGAGUGGGGCUUCCUCUGCGACUGCCUCAUUGCCAUCGGUGACAUCUACUUCAGGGCCCACAAGGCCGUCCUGGCGGCCUGCAGCUCCUACUUCAGGAUGAUGUUUAUCCGGGACCAGCAGGGGGCGGGUCGUCUGGACCUCAGCAACAUGCAGAUCAGUGCCGAGUGCUUCGACCUCAUCCUGCAGCUCAUGUACCUCGGACGCAUCGUCGUGGGGAGCUACGAGUUUGAGGAGCUCAAGGCCUCCAUGGCGUACCUGCAGAUGUACUACAUCCCCGACUCGCUGGAGGAUCUCAGGGACAUCAGAAGCUCAAACCUCACCCCGUCCUCCUCGGCCUCCUCCUCCUCCUCGUCCAGUUCCUCCACCGGUCCUGUAGGUGGGAAAAUGAUGUUUGGAGUCCGAAUGUACGAACAGCAGAGGCCAGCUGCACCGGAAGUGGAGCGUGUACCGAAACCGGUCAGCAGCAACACCGGUCGUCCAGCUGUGCCGGCAGCAGUCACCAGGCCAGUGGUGGCGGAAGAGGUGGUGACCACUCCUCUGAUAGUGGCACCACCGGCUGCGGACGGAGCAGUCGAGCAGCCGUGUGACCUGAGAAAGCGGUCCAGCGGCAGAAGUUCAACUCUUAAAGACCGUCCUCGGUUCGGCCGCACCUACACCUGCGACGACUGUGGCUUUGUCUUCAGCUGCGAGAAGCUUUUAAUCGAGCACAUCCUGACUUGCACUAACCGGAAGGCCUAUCAUCCCCCAAGAGGUAAUGUCGAAGGAGACAAUGACUCGAGUAAAGCUGAGAGCUCUGCAUCCGAGAGCACAGAGGAACACAGGGUCCUCUGUAAAGGUGAGGACGACUGGCCUGAGACCAAGGCCGACUCUGAUCUCACCAUCAGGUCAGUGGCAGCUGGGACCGACGGUGAGCCCGGCACGACUAGGAGCGUGUCCAUCAAGAGAGAACCAGAAGAAAGCAUGUUCCCUGACAUUGAGGUGGUCCGGGUUGGUGAACACACCACGAGAGACUGUAGCACACGGUUCGGCGAUGUCGCACGUAAAGACUUGCUGAGGGAGAAAACGGGAUCGGACCGUGAACCGGAGCCCGGCGUCUCAGGCUUAGAGAACAGCAGCGACCCUUUUGAAGUCCACACAGCCAGCAGCGAUGAAUCAGGGAUUCCAGCAAAGCUUCGGAAAAUCAAAGAUGAGAAACAGGACAUCGACUGUGCCCCCUGUGAACUGUGUGGUGCUCUGUUAACGGAGGAGGACAAGUCAGCCCACUACCUGUCUAAUCACAUGGGCCAUAUAUGUGCCUGUGGACGGUGUGGCCAGGUGCUGAUCAAAGGUCGGCAGCUCCAGGAGCACGCAGAGCGCUGUGGAGAAUCCCACGGCGGUGAGUCAGACUCCCACGGAGAGGACGAGGCGUCCCUGUUGGAGGAGCCGCAGGGGAUGGAGGAGGGCCUGCUGGAGGCCACUGACCUGGCCUGCCCUAACUGCGGUCUGCUGUUCCAGAACGAGAGCCUGGCGCUGGAGCACGCCUUGUCCUGCCACGAACAGGAGCUGUUUCGCCCUGUGCUGCUGGAGGAGGGGGCCGAACCGGAUCACCGCCGUAAACACUUCUGUAGCAUCUGCGGCAAAGGCUUCUACCAGCGCUGCCACCUGCGGGAGCACUACACCGUCCACACCAAGGAGAAGCAGUUCACCUGCCAGACCUGCGGGAAGCAGUUUCUGCGGGAACGCCAGCUCAGGUUGCACACCGACAUGCACAAAGGCAUGGCGCGCUACGUGUGCCCAGUCUGCGACCAGGGAACCUUCCUUAAACACGACCAUGUCCGACACAUGAUCUCCCACCUGUCCGCUGGGGAAACCAUCUGCCAGGUGUGUUUCCAGAUCUUCCCUGGUGGAGAGCAGCUGGAGAAACACAUGGACGUCCAUCUGUACAUCUGCGGCGUCUGUGGAGAGAAGUUCCGCCUCCGUAAAGACAUGAGGAGCCACUAUAACUCCAAGCACACCAAGAGACUAUAGGGACAACCCAACCCGUCGUCUCCAUUUAUACUAGUUUGUUACUUAAAAAAGCCAUAAAUGUGAGAACAAAUGUAUGCACUUGAACCCCAAAAAGUUUUUAAUCUGCACUUUUUAUGUAUAUGCAUAACCUAAGUGGGCGUUCAUACUGCGAGCAGCGGGGCUGGUGAUUGGUCUGUUAGGACUUUUUACUUUGAUGAGAUGAGAUUAGGUUAAUACAGCUUUGAAUCAGGAUUUUAUGAGACGUCUUCUUGAUGUUUGUCAGAUAAAAAUCAGAGUCAAACAAUCAUGUAAGGCGGGAAACGAUCAAGUUUUAAAACCUGGCUGUCGACUGUCACAGCUGAUGCUGAAAAGUUCAGCUUCAGCCACUCGAGCAGUCAGACGCCCAUCAUAGCUAACCAGCAAAAUAGCUAACAAGUUGUAUAUUAUGAUUUAGAGUAUUUAUAAAGAAGCCAGGGUUUUUUUUAUACAGGUGAUAUUUGGAAUUCAGGUUAUUUGGUACAUCAAACAGGAAAAUAAACCUGCAAAGAGUUAAAAGACGAAAAUGAGCAGAUCCUCACGCUGAAGGAGUCGGAACCAGUCACCAAACUGUUAACGUUCAUCUGUGAACCCACAAAUCAUUUUAGCACUAGAAUGUACCAAAGUCACGCUGGCAGGUGGAGAUCAGCUCCUGGCUCGUCUCUGUCCCACAGCUCAACAGGCCUGUGGAGAAAGCUCCCAUCAUGCCUUUCUCCCCGACUGGUUCACUAUUGCGUUGCUCGCAGUGUGAACUCACGGUGAGACAGGCAGUGAACUUCAAAAGAAACUGAAACUGCCGUGUCCUCAGGGUCCUGCGGGGAGCCCGCCGGACUCACUGUGGCUCGUGGUAGAGCACGGACAGAGGAAAUGUGGUGUUUGAAGUCCAAAGCUGUUCCUGUGUGAAGACGCCCAGUUGAGUUUGUUUUUGGAGUGAACUGCUUGUUUCAGAGGGCCGCGGUGCCACGAGCUUCGGGUCAGCGGUUUCUAGCUUUCGUGUCACCUGACGUCCCAGAAUACUAACGUCUCUGAAGAUGAGACACGCUGGUUUUUUCAUGUUGUAGUUAGUCGCACGGGCGGUGGAAAGAUACUGAAUUCUGUUUUCUGAUUCCUUGUUUCAUGAGUUCGAUAGCCCACUGAUUCAUACACUUCACUCGCCGUCCAACAUGCUCUGUGAUUGGUGCCUUGAUUGUAACAAUGGUGCACAGUAGCAGCAGUGGUGCGCGUCUCUCUGUCUUUUUCCUAAUUGUCCACCCCCCCCGUUCAAGGUGAAUCUGUAAAUGGCAGAUUAUAAAAAACAAAACACUAGAGGUGGUCAGCUCGUCGGCAGAAACCUGUCGGACUGAGUUUGCUUCAUUUCCUGUCUGAACGUUCUGACUCGAACGCUUUAUGCGUCGAUCUUCCGUCCUUAAGGCUGCUGCUCGACACAGCACCACAUCACAACGGUUCAAACCAGUUUCACUGUUUAUAAAAGAAAAAACAACACAAACCAGUUAUAAACAAUCCUGAAUCAGUACGCAGCCAAUCUGAACCAUUUCAGAAUCAACCUGAACCAGUUCCAAAGUGACCCCAACUAUCCUGAGGAUUACAACUGUCCCAAACAUUUCACAUCCAGCCGAAGCCAUUUCUAACCCAACGCAGACCCUUUAGAACCAAUCCAGACCAGUUCCAAAAAUUUAUUCUCUAACCAACCUAAACCAGUUUCAAACUGACCUGAAUGAACCCAAGUGUUUCAGAUUCAUCUGAAACCAGUUCAGAAUCAAACUAAACUAGUUCAGACCCAUCUAGAUACAAUUAGGAUGUGGUCCCAUCCAAUCUUUGAACACAGCCAAAACCAGUUUAAAGUGAACCCUACAUGGAUGGAGGCCCAGUUCUGAACCAACUGAAACCACUUUAGAACCAAUCAAAACAAGUUCAUAUGUGGUAUAAACUACUUCCAAACUGAAUCAGGUGUAGAACCAAAACCAACAUUUCAGAUCCAGCUUGAACCAUUUCACAGCAUGUUCACAUCUAAUAGAAAUAAACAAAACCACAUGAGACCGAACAUCAGCUCAUUGGCAGACUAAUGCAAACCAGUUCAGAACAAACUGAAGCAAAGUCCGCAUUAACCAAAUCUAGCUUCUUUAAACACUGUCCACCCAGAACCGUCAUCAGGCGGCAGAGUCUAAACCAGGCUCAAACUAACACAGAUGUUACACAACCAGUUCAGACCAUUUAAAAACCUACCUAAACCAGCUAAGAACCAGUCCAGACCAGUUUGGACCCUACAUGCCCACUCUAUGUAUUUGUCCUGGACUCCUGCAGCGUUCAGUGUGUUGGUUUGACCACAGGCUCAGGAAACAACCCUGGACACGAAUCUUUAUCUGGUGAAAGACUGUAAAUGUCUCCUUGUUUGGACAAUCUUUGUUGUGACCAGGACGCUGCUGAGCAUUCACUCUCAGAGUCAAACAGACUGUCUCUGACUGUCUCGGUUCAUGAGACCAGUUCAGCUUCUCAACUACAAAGGUCU